AUGCCCGAUUCUACCAUGUCGGACCCUUUACCCAUCGCCAUCGACCCUGUGGCCCUGGUGACCACCGAAUGUAUCACCGUCACCUCCUCCAUGCGGAAGCAUGCCCGCUGGGCACACUCCUCCGUUUCUGCGAUUCUAGGUGGCACUGGAGCAACUCGAGUCUACGAUCGGGAUACCUCAGCGCCCCCCAGUCCACGUAAGAGUGGUCAAUCGUCUCGCGGGGAUGACGAUCACGCCCUGGCCAACCGAUGGGGUCUGCGGGGAAGAAGGGAUAUUCGAACAUUCGAUAUGCCCGCCCUCCUCCAUCCAUUCCUUCAAGUCGUUCGUUCAUCCUCGACCUCGGCCGCCAUUACCUCCCUCGCGUUACUCGCUAUUACCAAAUUCUUUUCCUACAACAUCAUCAAUCGUGACUCGCCGCGACUGUCCAUGGCAAUGCAGCUUCUCUCGGCUGCAAUUACACACUGCCGAUUCGAAGCUAGUGACUCCUCGGCCGAUGAGAUUGUGUUGCUGAGAAUCUUGAAGUUGAUGGAGGGCAUGCUUUCUCGUCCCGAGGGAGAAUUGUUGGGCGAUGAAAGUGUUUGUGAGAUGAUGGAGACAGGCUUGAGUAUGUGCUGUCAAGGUCGCCUGUCCGAGGUGCUGCGGCGGUCUGCAGAGAUGGCCAUGGUAAAGAUGUGUCAAGUCAUAUUCAUGCGAUUGACACACCUGGAUCAAUUACCGCAAGGGCCGGUCCCUUUUGCGGCCUCAGCCCUCGACAAAGAUACCGCAACUAUCAAGAUGGACCCUUCUGUUAAUGGGAAUACCGUGACUUCACAACACCGAUCCGCUAUCAGCGCAGAUACCGCAACAAGCGAACGGAAUAGCUCAAGUCGAGAGGGCACUCCUGAACAAUCAAGUAACGGAGGCGUCGCUGCUGCAGCCCCGCCAACCCCUCAGGAUGAUUCCGAGGGCGAGGUGCAACCAUACUCCCUGCCGUCGAUCAGAGAACUAUUCCGAGUAUUAAUUGAUUUGCUCGAUCCACAUAACGGCCAACACACCGAUACGAUGAGAGUCAUGGCUCUCCGUAUUAUCGAUGUCGCCUUGGAAGUCGCCGGUCCGUCUAUCGCUCGGCAUCCCAGCCUCGCGGCUUUGGCGAGAGACGAUCUCUGUCGUUAUCUCUUUCAACUGUGGCAUGUCUUCAUCCUCGCGUGGAAAUCCCCCCGAGAACCUGGCAUCGAUCCGUCUCUUUACGAAGGAGUCCCACAAGCACCGAGCCUAGUGAAGCAGCCCGCUUCACAAGCAAACAGCGGCAGGUCAACACCGGUCCCCGUCAAAGAUCGGCAAAAGUUGGGGCUCGAAGGUGGUUCGCGAAAGCCUGAGGCUAGAGAGGCAAUGGUCGAAAGCAUUGGAGUCUUAUCGCGGAUCCCUAGCUUCAUGGUUGAACUUUUCGUUAAUUAUGAUUGUGAGAUUGACCGCGCGGAUCUUUGCGAAGACAUGAUAGGACUGCUUUCUCGAAAUGCCUUCCCGGACUCAGCGACCUGGAGCACAACUAAUGUCCCACCUCUGUGUCUCGACUCCCUUCUCGGAUACAUUCAAUUCAUUUACGAUCGUUUGGAUGACGAGGCUGUACAAGGAGAUUACCCUCCACAGGAACUUCUCCGCAAACAGCGGAAAACUAAGAAACUGAUCAUCAAAGGUGCUUCGAUGUUCAAUGAAAGUCCCAAAGCUGGUAUUGCCUAUCUUGCUGAGCAUGGGAUUAUCGAAGACCCGAAAAACCCUACCUUAGUCGCAGGUUUCUUGAAAGGGACAAGUCGCCUGUCGAAGAAGGUCCUGGGUGAAUUCAUCUCUAAGCGUGGCAACGAAGACCUACUGGGUGCCUUCGUGGACCUCUUGGACUUCUACGGCAGUAAUGUGGUUGAAGCCCUCCGUGAACUACUCAGUUCUUUCCGUCUGCCAGGAGAGUCACCUUUGAUUGAAAGAAUUGUCACGAUUUUCUCGGAACACUACAUGGAAAAAGCGAAACCAGAAGAAAUUGCGGACAAGGAUGCUGUUUACAUCCUGACAUAUGCUAUCAUCAUGCUGAAUACGGAUCUUUACAACCCCAAUGUCAAGCCCCAGAACCGCAUGUCAUUCCCUGCCUUUGCUAGGAACCUGCGAGGAGUGAACGGAGGUGGUGACUUUACGGAGGAGUUUCUCCAGGAGAUCUAUGACUCUAUUAAAGACAACGAGAUCAUUCUACCCGACGAACAUGAGAAUAAGCAUGCGUUUGACUACGCAUGGAAAGAGAUGCUUUUGAAGUCGUCUAGUUCGGGCGAGAUGGUUGUUGGAGAGACGAACGUUUAUGAUGCCGAAAUGUUCGAGGCAACGUGGCGCCCUGUUGUCGCUACGCUGUCAUACGUUUUCAUGUCCGCUUCCGAUGAUGCAGUUUACAGCCGAGUCGUCAACGGCUUUGAUCAAUGUGCUCAAAUCUCUGCUCGAUACGGCCUGACAGACGCCUUUGACCGCAUUGUUUCCUCGCUGUCAUCAAUCAGUACAUUGGCGACUACCAAGCCACCAAGCACUGCAUUGAAUACCGAGGUGCAAGCAGGCAAAAAGAGUGUUAUGGUGAGCGAGCUGGCUGUGAAGUUUGGAAGAGAUUUCCGUGCGCAGUUGGCCACUGUAGUCCUUUUCCGAAUCCUGACAGGCAACGAGUCAACUCCCAAACAAGGGUGGGAAAAUAUUACCCGCAUCCUAAGCAACCUUUUCAUCAAUUCCCUCAUCCCACCGCUCGACCCUCAGCUUACGGCAGAGCUCGACGUCUCUCCUAUUCCUCUUCAACCCCCGUCACAGGUUGUCGACCGGGAUGGACGUGCUACGCCGCUGAUGACCCCCCCUGAGCCUUCUGAUGAAGAACUGGACAAUACCCUUUCCACAGUCGAUUGUGUUACUGCUUGCUCGAUUCCCGAAAUUCUGACCAACAUCAAAUCACUCCCUAUAUCCUCCUUACAGGUCCUUGUGGAAGCAUUGAUGUCCCAGCUACCUGAAGAUAACACACCUGCUGUAAUCGUGGUCAAGCCAGAGCGGCCCCGUCCCGUGUCUAGAAAUUCGAAUACGCGCGCCGAUCCCAACCAGCCGAAGUACGAUCCGGCGAUGAUCUUCAUCUUGGAAUUGGUGACUGUUCUUACUCUUCGUGAUGAGAAUACGCUGGAAGCUCUCGGCGAAACAUUGGCGACCACUCUCCAGACCCUGAUCCGCGAUGCAAAGAACUUGCACCCACUGACCGUUUCCCGCAUCGUGUCGUAUUUGCUCAACCUUCUACGACUGAGUCAUGAUCAACACUUCAUGCGGGUUCCUGUUGUCCUCCAUGCUAUCUCCGGAUAUGACCAAGAUGUCCUUGAAAUUGUUGCUGUACCGACUGUCAAGGGACUUUCACGUUGCAUCGCGCAUCCAGGACACCUGAGAAACGAGAUCACUAUCUCUCCAGAUUUCUGGUCUAUCUUGCAAAGACUGCACCAACACGAAGAUGCUGGUCCUAUGGUUUUUGAUCUGCUUCAGAGCAUCAUGAGUUCCAUGCCAGAUAUUGUGACAGCCGAUAACUAUGAGUUUACUGUCAGCCUCGCCAAUGACUUUGUCAGUGCCGGCCAUGUAGGCUCUCAUGACGAGCGACAGAGAGAUGCCCAAGGACGCCGAAUCAAAGGUGUCAAGAAGCCUAAGUCUAGUGAGAACCAAAUCGUUGCCCGUGGUGUCAAGGCUAUUGGCCUAAUCUAUCACUUAACUGGGCGAGUCCCCACGCUCAUCAAACAGUCUCAUCUUGAGGAACGCGAAGCAUGGGCUGCCUACUGGUCCCCCAUCUUUCAGUCUCUGAGAAGUCAGUGCACCAAUCCUUGCCGCGACAUUCGGCACCACGCCGUUUCCACACUGCAGCGAUCUCUUUUGUCGGCUGAAUUAAUAUCCAGUGACGGCAAGGAGUGGACUAGUAUUUUCGACGAGGUCCUUUUCCCACUUGUUCUGCAUCUUCUCAAGCCAGAGGUCUACCACUCUGACCCCAUCGGAAUGAGCGAGACCCGCGUUCAAGCAGCUACAUUGGUCUGCAAGAUAUUCCUGCGCUUCCUUGACCAACUGCCCAACAGAGAGGGCAUGCUUCCUCUCUGGUUGAGGAUCCUCGAUAUUCUCGACCGCAUGAUGAACAGCGGUCAAACAGACAGCCUGGAAGAGGCGAUCCCGGAAAGCUUGAAAAACAUUUUGCUGGUCAUGGCUGAUGGUGGUUAUCUGGUUUCGCCAGACCAGGACCCAAGCAAAGAGGAAAUGUGGAAUGAGACUCGCAAGCGCCUGGGUCGUUUCCUGCCUGACCUCUUCGGUGAAAUUUUCCCUGACGCAGGCAAGGAACCGGAGAAGUCACAGCCGGCCUCUGCUGUAUCAUCUCCACAGCCAAACGCCGAUGUUGAAUCGAAGCCCGAAGAGGCAGCUAUCACAUCUAAUGACGCCGAAGAAUCUAAGGAGGAAGAUGGUGCCGAGACCAAAUCGCCCUCGCAGGAAGAUACUUCAUCUUAA